UCGCCGCUGGGCAGCCGCGCCGGAGCUCCUCGCCGGGCUGCUUCGCUCGCCGCGGCCGGGCUCGGAGGCGCCGGGUGGGGCGGCAUGGCAGCGGCGGCGCCCCUGCGGCGGCGGGCCCCGGCGUGGGCCGCGCUGCUGCUCCUCUCCUGGGCCGGACGCCUCCCCGGCCAGAGCAGCCCGCCGCGGCUGCGCCUCUCGCCUCAAGAGCUCUGGGACUUGAACAGAACAUCAGUCUUUCAUAGUCCAUCUGGAUACCUUGGUCUUCACGUAAUGCUUUUGGAUGAGUAUCAAGAUCGACUCUUUGUGGGAGGAAAGAACCUGCUAUAUUCCCUGAGUUUAGACCGAGUCAGUGAGAAUUACAAAGAGAUUCAUUGGCCUAGUACACCCCUGCAAACAGAGGAAUGCCGAAUCAAAGGGAGAUUCGCUGAAGAAUGUGCAAAUUACGUCCGUGCCCUGCAUCGGUACAACAGAACACACCUCCUGGCCUGUGGGACGGGGGCCUUUGAUCCCAUCUGUGCCUUUAUCAGAGUUGGCCAGCAAUCAGAGGCCCACCUGUUUCACCUGGAAGCUCACAGGCUGGAGAGAGGCCGUGGCAGAUGCCCCUUCGACUCCAGCUCUUCCUUCAUCUCCACUCUCCUUGGUGGCGAAUUGUUUGCUGGGCUCUACAGCGACUACUGGGGGAGAGAUGCGGCCAUCUUCCGGACAAUGGGGCACGCAGCACACAUCCGGACCCAGCCAGAUGACGACCGGCUCUUGAAAGAACCUAAAUUUGUUGGCACCUAUAUGAUCCCGGACAAUGAAGACCCAGAGGAUAACAAGGUGUACUAUUUCUUUACUGAAAAAGCUGUAGAAGCCGAGACAGGAGCCCACGCCAUCUACUCCCGAGUAGGAAGAGUCUGUGCAAAUGAUGUGGGUGGGCAGCGAAUGCUGGUGAAUAAGUGGACCACGUUCCUCAAAACCCGACUGGUCUGCUCUGUGCCAGGAAGGAACGGCAUCGACACCUCGUUUGAUGAGCUGGAGGAUGUCUUUCUACUCCAGACUCGAGAUAACAAAAACCCAGUGAUUUAUGGACUCUUCAAUACUACCAGCAAUAUAUUCCGAGGAUAUGCUAUAUGUGUCUAUCAUAUGGCUAGUUUCCGUGCAGCUUUCAAUGGACCGUAUGCGCAUAAAGAAGGGCCUGAAUAUCACUGGUCUGCAUAUGAAGGGAAAGUGCCGUACCCGAGACCUGGAUCGUGUGCCAGCAAAGUGAAUGGAGGUCUGCAUGGGAGCACCAAAGACUACCCGGACGAAGCCCUCCAUUUUGCUCAGAGUCACCCACUGAUGCACCAGCCUCUGAGGCCUGUUCACAAGAGGCCAGUGCUUGUGAAGACAGACGGGACAUAUAAUCUCAAACAAAUAGCCGUAGACAGAGUGGAAGCGGAAGACGGGCAAUAUGAUGUCUUGUUUAUUGGGACAGAUAAUGGGAUUGUUUUGAAAGUCAUUACAAUUUACAACCCAGACACAGAAUCAAUGGAAGAAGUGAUCCUUGAAGAGCUGCAAGUGUUCAAAGUACCAGUACCUAUUAUAUCCAUGGAAAUUUCUUCAAAAAGGCAACAAAUCUAUGUUGGCUCCGAUUCGGCCGUUGCCCAGGUGAAGUUCCAUCAGUGUGACAUGUACGGAACGGCCUGUGCUGACUGCUGCUUGGCACGAGAUCCGUACUGCGCCUGGGAUGGGGUCACUUGUUCCAGAUACUACCCCACUGGUACACAGACAAAGAGACGUUUCCGCAGACAAGAUGUCCGCCAUGGAAAUGCAGCUCAGCAGUGCUUUGGCCAGCAAUAUAUUGGAGAAGCUCUGGCUCAGACUGAAGAGCGAGUGGUGUAUGGGAUCGAGUACAACAGCACUCUGUUAGAAUGUACUCCUAGGACCUUGAAAGCAAAGGUGAUCUGGUUUGUGCAGAGGGCACCUGAAGCCAGAAGAGAAGAGGUAAAGACCAAUGAUCGGCUACUCAAAGUGGACCUUGGCCUCUUAUUCCUAACACUGCACAGGACAGAUGCUGGGACAUAUUUCUGCCAGACAGUGGAACACAGCAUUGUUCACACAGUCAGAAAGAUCACGCUUGAAGUCCUGGAAGAAGAGCGCGUAGAUGGCUUGUUCAACAAAGACUAUGAAGAGGAUGUUUCUCAUAAGAUGCCCUGCCCUGCCCAGAGCAGCAUGUCCCCGGGGGGCUCAAGGCCCUGGUACAAGGAAUUUUUGCAACUCAUAGGUUAUAGCAAUUUCCAGAGAGUGGAGGAGUACUGCGAAAAAGUGUGGUGCACAGAUAAGAAGAGGAAAAAGCUGAAGAUGUCCCCAUCCAAAUGGAAGUAUGCUAAACCACAAGAGAAGAAGGCCCGCACCAAGGCAGAGCGUUACCGUGUCCCAAGGCAUACUGCCGACUCUUGAGGGGGGAAUAUCUAUCCAUUCAAGACAGCUCACUGGUUUUCUUUUCUUUUUCUUUUUGGACAUAAGGAAAGAGGAGGAGAAUAAGUCUUGAAUUUGGUAAUUAAUUUGAAAUGUUGAGACUGGAAAUGGGGGGGAAGUGAGUCGUAGUAAGUUGUACACCUGGUGUCUGCCUAGAUGUGUUUUUUAAAGUCUGCUUAAUGCUUAAAUAUGCCAUGACUUACUUUCGUUUAAGGAAAGCUUGUCCACUUUUACAUUUUCCACAUUCAGUCCAGCUGAGAAUGGGCUUCUGCUGUACAUUCCAGUGUGUUGUGAGAAUGUCAGUGAAUGCAAAUGCCAAAGCACUGGAAAUCAGAGCAAUCGUGUGUUGUAGAGUUUCUUGUAUCUUUCAUAUCUUGUUGGUUUUUCAUAUGGCAUGUCCAACAUGGACCUUCUCAGUGUUUAGAAUUCAUGCAUAAAAUGCAGGAGUUCGUGGCAGAAUAAUAAAAACUACACUUACAUACCAGUCUUCUAAACAGAUACCAGUGCACAGAGACAUGAACCAAGUCCAUGUUUUUAUUAUCUCCACCAUUCCGCUGGUGCUGUGGUUUACCCAAGGCUCCCUACCUAGUUAUUGGCAGUCGUAGUAUUUGAACUGCAGAGUACCAGUUCACAUCCCAGCCGCUUUGCCAUUGUGCUACAGCAGCGGAAAUGGUGAAGAAUCGUAAAUCAAGAGAGAGAAAGCAAAACUCGUGGACAGCAAAGCAGCAAAAGUUAGCCGUGAUUACAUCUCACUUAAAGCAACAGGUUAAGUUGUGACUAAGCCUUAAGCUCCUCUGACAGCGCAGGCAUGUUCCACAAUUAAUUUCCACUAGCCUGUGCCCCAAAUAUUUAUUGUUUGUAAGUUAAUAUAUUAAAAAUUGUCGAGGCUGGAUAACAACUAUUUAAUAAGAAUAUUGUACAGCAAUUCCUCUGUGCCCCCAAAUGUAAUUUGGAAUCUGCCAUGUUUAUGAAAAUGAGAUGCAAAUUAAGGGGAGGAUCCAGUUCUUUGCCACGUCCUUCCCUCCCCAGCUUGUGGCACUUCUUCACACAGAGGACUCUCCUGCCACCGAACCCCUCUAAACCACGUCAAUUGCCCUUCCAUGAGGGCAGGGUGUGUCUGUUUAUAUGCAGGGAGAAAACUGGAUCGUGGUGUUUGCACUUAUGAAAUGUAGUACAAACAGAUCUCACCAGAAUCCCUCCAGUUCAUAAUAUAUUUCCUUAAUAUCACAGUAACGAAUUCCCAUCCCUGCUUUAUCAGAGCCAAGUCGACA